AUGCACAAUUUUGACCUGUUCACUUUUAUUUUGGCGACGGCUGCGACCGGUUUGACAACUGCUUUCAAUGUUCCACACGGCGCGUUGACAGGUAAGGUUUCCUUCUGGCUUAGGCCUAAGUCUAGUCUAGGCUUAAGGUGACAGGUUCAGUUCCCGAAGCCUGUGUGCAUAGCACUACCUUUCAGAAAAAUCUGAAAAUCUAAAUGAACAUUUUAAAGGGCAAGCAGUAACAUCACAUUCUGGUCCGAAUACAGUAUCUUCUGAACUUCUGUCCUCCCCCUCUUCCCAUAAACGAGAAAAACGUGGCUAUUGGUUUCCACAACAUUAUCAAGGUGAUAACAAUCUGUUAGUCAGUUCCGAACCACCAAAUGAAUAUCUCAAAAAAUGGAUUGUUCACGAGCACAAUCGAUUUCGUCGAAUGGUUCCAGCCUCAGAUAUGAAUAUGUUAUAUUGGUCGGAUGAAUUGGCAGCAUCUGCACAAAGACACGCGGAUACUUGUGAUUUCCGGCAUUCGAGGGGCAGAAAUAAUGUGGGAGAGAAUAUCUGGGCUGCUCCGUAUAGCAAUUAUUCAGAUUCGAUUUCGAUUUGGUUCAAUGAGGUAAGCACAGCCCUUAUGAGUGAAAAUAAUUUUUCAAUUUCUCUUUUUUUCUAGGUUCAUAAUCCACGUUGUGGCUGCAAUCAUGCUUACAAACACUGUUGUGGUCAUUAUGUGCAAGUAGUUUGGGCGAAAACAAAUUUGGUUGGCUGCGGUUUUUCGCGUUGUCGAGAUGUUCAAGGUGUUUGGGGAAGAGGACAUCGAAAUGUAUUCGUUUGUCAUUACAAUCCACAAGGAAAUACGGUAUUCGUGACUGCAAAAGGACAGCUUUACGCGGUUCGUCUUCCUCUAUCCCAGAAGAUACUCUCUUUUUUCUCUUGGUGAAGGCUUUAUGUUAACAAUUAUUAGAAACGCUUUGCUAAUUAACCAAAAACAGUGUGCCUAACAAUUUCAUUGAGAAAAAGAGAAUUGUAUCUUUGGAGUUACCUAAAGUAAUCUCGUUUACCUUGUUUCACUUGCAGAUGCCAGCAUUCACAUGGGCAACUGAUGGUCAAUCCAGAUGUUCGAAUUGUCCAGCAUCAGCGCCAGCUUGUUAUCAAGGACUUUGUUAUAUGCCAAAAAAUUAUCAAGAGCAUACAACUACAACUACAACAACUGAACCACCUCCACCUUCAUCGGAAAGUGUUGAAUUCGAAAAUGCUGAUGAUACAGAAGCAUCAGCGUCGGAGUUUGAGGAACAACGAUUCUGGAAAUUCUGA